CACAGCGCAAGGAAGCAAGAAGAAGGUGAAAAAGUGUCAAUAAGACAACCGACAGAAUGUGCGCUCGCUGAAAUCGCUUCCACACACAAAAACAGAACACCAAAAAAGGGCUAAAUCGUGAAGGAAAAUGUCGGCAAUUGAUUUUUCCACCCGCUAGUGCCAACGAGAUACGGGGAAAACUAGCGCUUCGUACGGCAUUUGCUGUUUGCUUCUCGAAGACACGGACGCAUUGUGGAAGCAGUUUGCCAUUUCGCCAGCCAGCCAGCAAGCGCAGAAGUGAUGAAUUAUUGAUCGUAAAUUCAGCGAUAGUGAAAAAUCUAAUUGCAAGACAUGGGAUUCGUUCUGUAAGGAGCAGCUGCACCCGGAACGUCGUGUAAUCGGGGAUCGAGUGUCAUCGGUCCCCGCCAGGCUGAGCAGGAGAGCGUCGAUUGUAUGUACGCGGAAUCGCGCAGUGAGAAAAGAUUGUUGCCAAAAAAGGACUCGCCACCUGACUGACUGACAGAAUCGAUAGCAGCAGCAGGAGGUGGUGGAUCGUUGGAUGCAGACGGGAGGCAACAGUAAGAUGGACGUCGACUCGCCCAAUGCCCUUAAGCGUUGCUCCAGUGCACCACAGAUAAACAAUCUCCUACCGGGCACCAGUGUCGGUGUGCAGCCGAUGGAAGAAGGACAAUCGCAACCCGUGCCAAGCGCCAGCGGUAACAGCAACAACAGUGCCAGCAUUAGCACCACCAGCCGAACACAGAGCAGUGGCGGUCUGCAGCAGCAACCACAUCUGCAGCAGGUACUGCUGUCGGACGCACAUUCGGAACCACUGCAACCGGGUAAUGCAAGUAUGCUGAACACAAACAAUUUUCACCCGGGAUCAACCGCCACAGGAUCCAGGGAAUCACUACCGACAUCGUUUUCGAACAUUUUUACACCACGCGUUCGGCGGUUCUCCGCCAGCUUUAGCCCGCUCGCCGUUAUUUCGAACGGUAGUGCCAGCCCGAACCGGAACGGAAGCGGAACUCCCGGACCCCGGCUAACACCCCGAAUAUCACAGCUGCGCCAGGAAGAGUGUGCCGAUGUGAGCAACAGCCGGGAGGUGAAUCACGAGCGGGAAAUCCACAACGCCAUGCAGAUGUCGCAAAGCUGCGAAGAUUUGACGCUCGUCGCGGAAAAUUGGUCCUUUUCGUCCGGGUCCGCCGGGACGAAGAUGAUGGUCGACGAUCUGCAAAAUCCGCUGCACGUCGCGCUGCCCACGAUCGGUUCGACCUGCUGUUCUAGUCCAUCUCCCACGAGUCGCGGUGGAAUCGGGUUACAGUAUCCAACAACCUCGCCCUCGCCGACCCGAAAGUUUGUCACGCGGCGCUCGAUGUCACCGUGCCCGCUGCGACCGAGCCCGCUCAGUUCGUCCGUAAAGCGAAAGUUCGAUCUGGAAGACAACUAUGGCAACUGUUACUCACCGCCGUCGAAGAAAAUCUUUUCCUCCGAAAGAGGUACAUCGCCCAUUUGUCAAACACCAUCACCAUCACCGAUCUGUCCGAGUCCGGAUUCAUCGACAACGUCGUUUGAGAAUGGUAGCAACAACAAUAAUGGUCUGGGCAGCAGUAUCCCACUGUGCGGUCCUUUCCCACUCGCUGCUACUGCCGCCACCAGCAGCUCCACCAGCAGUGGACGAAUAACGCCAAAGUUUUUCCUUACCAAGCUGACCGGUAUACCGAGCCCGGGUGCGGCAACGGUUUGCUCGAGCGCACCGUUCGGCACGAUGCAUUUCGGGGGGAACAGUGGCUCGAGCAGUGCCUGCUCCACACCGACCGGCAUCACUAAUCCGAUUGGUUCGCUUGGUGGUGGUGGUGGUGGUGCGGGUGGUGCUGGUGGGAAUGCUGCCAUAAUGAUGGAUUGUGGUGUGAGUAGCAGUACGGGUGGUACGGCCGACUGUAGGGACAGCAGCAUGGAUGUCGGCGGCGGAGGCGGACACACGGUCGGACCCAAUAUGUAUGAAGAUAGAUCUACGAUGGUGGUCGUGGAGGAGGAGGUGGCGGUGGGAAGGUCGAAGGAACGUGCGGUGAAUUCCGCUGAUAGCAUUAAGAUGGCAUGUGAUGAAGGUGAAGCGAAUAUUAGUGAUAAUCAGCGCCAGCGCAGACUGACCAUUGGGCAGACGGCGGUUGCAGUCAGUGCUUCGCGCGAGCUGCGCGAACAGGUACUGAAAUCGGCCCUCGACCCGGACGCGGCCGGCAGCUGCAACAGCAACAGUAGCAACAGCAGCAGCACUAGCAGUAGCAGUAAUAGCAGCUCCACCACUAGCGAUAGUAGUAACAGUGCCAACACGAACAGUAGCCGUAUGAGCAGCGGUCUCGCCGGAAGUGGCCCCAGUAGUAGUAGCAGUAGCAGCAGCAGCAGCAGUAAUACCAGCACUAGCAGCGUUGAUACGGGUGGAUCGGCAACGGUUGCUGCUGGUGGUACGGCGGCCACCAUCUGCCCACCGCUCACCUCGUUCCCCAUGAUGGCCAUACCAAGCAAUCUGGCAGAGAUUGCCGAAUCAUGAAGAUUACGCCAGACCGCCGUGUAGAUCAACCGCACAAGAUUACUGCUGAUCUUUGCGUACAUAUAGCAGGGCGAUAGCGCUAUGGGGACAAUAAACAAAUCAUUACGAACAGGAUGAUUUAGGGAGAGCGAUAGAUAGGGGGAAGGGAGCUUACCGUCUUAGAAUUCUAUAGGGCCACACACAGAUUCGAGUAAAAAUAGGAGAGAGAGAGAGAGAGAGGCAGAGGCCAGGAAUAGAACGCUAGCACAUUAGGCGGCACUCCGUUCGAUGAACGGACGAAAUAUGAUGUAGACUUUUCGCUCUUAUCGGUAAUCUUAUGAUUACCAGUCGGUACGUUGGCGUUACGAGGCAGACGCCGCGAUUUUGCGCGAUGACUCUUCUUUCCACAAUCUUACGCGUCAUCGUCCGUCAGCAAGCAGCAUGUAGAAAUUGUUGAAUUUAAUGCGAGUUCCUCUAGAGCGGUACGGUUCAUUUAUUUGUGCUAGAGCAUAAGAUUCAUUCCUGAUCACUGUUGAUUAGGGAUGAAUCAAACGCAAAGAAAAGGAUGUACUUUCGAGCUUUUCAUUAGCAUUUUUUCUUCUUUCGCUUUUCCAAAUGGCGUCGAAAAAAAAGAGUAAUCGAAUUUGAAAACGUAAACGUUUAGCGAAUUGGCAUUUAAAAGCAAAACAAUGAACGAGACAUAUCCGUUUUGCCAGACGAUACGCCCGAGCAUCUCAUCUUCCCCCUUUACGCCUGCCUGCCUGCUACGAGUUGAUCGAUGGCCAUCUGGUUGAGUAGAACGUAAUUUUGUGAUUAGUUAAGGCUUUGUACAUGAGCGGGGAAGAAGAAAGAAGCACCGGAAGUGAGAAAGUGUUUAGCGUUAGAUCUUCUACCUGUAGCACUGCAUUUCUACACCCUGAUCGAUCUGGAUAUUAAUGUUCCGGUAGGACAGAUACCCUCCCGUUACGCUAAACACACACAGGAAAUGAAAACGAACGUAGGAAGUACAUAUUAACAGUAACAGUGAAUAAAUUCGAUAAUCUUA